AUGAAACAAGUUCUCGGGCUCGUGAUCUGCCUGAUCGCCCCAGGAGGACUGGCACUCAGUCGCAAGGAGUCAAACUUUUUCUCCUGUAUAUCGCAGUCUCAAAGCUUACCGCCUUUUGACUUCGUGCCGCCACGAGGUUCGAACGAGUUUUUUAGCCCCCAUUGCCAGUACGAGCCGGCAUUGGGCACUCUGUUGAUCUGUUUCCAUGAUCUGACAGCCAAUCAGACGAAACAGGAUCAGCUCUUGCACGAUUCCUACGGCGUCAUUGCAGACUACUGCGGUCGACUCGGAGGAGCCGAUUUGGACAUACACACAUUCGAAAGGAGGUACCAGAACGCGACAAAGUACGUCCUUUCCGAAAAUGAGGCCCGGGCCUAUAAUCUCUCCACGCCAAUCCGUUUUCCGGUGCGUCUGAACCUCACCACAGUGUUGACGUACGCGGACUCGUUCUCGCUGUUUGCAGGAAACUUUGCUUGGGCAUAUGAUUUUUCCACCAUAAUGUGCAUGUUUUGGGUAGUGACCUUGGGGCUGAUCGGAAUAUUCAACCACAUCAAGCACUUUCGAUGGAACAACAAGCUAAAGGGAGGCAUGAUUGACUCCUUUAGGAGCUACAUCGCAUUGCCCACGCUGAACGGCAAGCACUUCCAACCGUGGAACAUGUUCGGAGCUCUUGGCAAAUGGGCCCCAUUCAAGCUUUUCGACAGCUUGAUCCCAACUACGCAGGAAUCCAUCGUUGUCCUUCUGUAUUGCAUCAUAGUCAUAGUAUCUUCUUCUGUUGGCUACACGCUGCAAGAUCAAAAUGCUCUUUUAGGAGCAAAAGAUCUACAGUACUAUAGAUACCUUGCCGACAGAACGGGUAUUCUCGCCUUCGCACAAUUACCUGCCCUUUUCUUGUUUGGUGGCAGAAACAAUAUUCUCAUUAAUUUGACGGGAUUGCAGUUCAAUACGUUUAUCAUCUUCCACAAGUGGAUCUCAAGGGCGAUGGUGAUCCUGGCUGCAUUACAUGCGUAUGCGUUUAGAGAAUACACAAUUAUCCGCGGCCAGUACGAGAAGGUCUCACAGGAGACGCUCUGGCUCUUUGGUCGCCAGGCAUUAGAGGCCGGCAUCCUCAUCAUCCUGCAGGCUAUUUAUUUCUUCCGCAGCCGGUGGUACGAACUGUUCCUGGCUGUACAUAUUAUUCUGGCCCUGGUUUUCAUUGUGGGGGCAUAUCUUCAUUGUAAAAGCAUCGGAUACCUGGAGUGGACGUAUGCCAGCAUGGGAGUCUGGGCGCUUGACAGGGUUUGGAGACUCAUGAAGAUUUACAGGUUUGGCACUCCAAAGGCCACUUUCAAGCUACAUUUUGGAACCAUCGUGGUCAGCAUUCCAAAGCCUGACCACUGGAAGCCAUACCCGGGCUGUUUUGUCUACCUGUACAUUCUUUCGCCGUCUGUUUCCUGGAAAUUAUGGGAAAGCCACCCAUUCACUAUCUAUUCUGUUGGUAAUGAAGUGCGGAUUUACAUCAAAAAGAAAGACGGAAUGACGCAGAAACUGUACGACUAUUUACUGGCAGCACGUGAGUCGCAGUUGCGGGUUGCCAUCGAAGGCCCUUAUGGACAUGCCUCAAGCCUCGAAAGCUACGAUAAUAUUCUCCUUCUUGCAGGAGGUAAUGGUGUUCCUGGCCCAUACUACCAUUGCAUGCAUCAUCUGGAGCAAGCCCAAUCCAAAGGCUGGCGGAAAAAUAUACAUUUUGCUUGGAUAUCUCCAUACUUCACAUCUCUCAGAUGGUUUGGUCGUGAGCUGCUGGCCCUCCAGACAAAAGACCAACACAACUAUGUGUCAAAAGAUAUUUAUCUCACCAGAGAAAAUAAACUGGUGCAGAAGACAUCCAGCGAUACGAGGCCGGCAAAUUCGAGAACUCCAUUAAUAUCGAUCAGCAGUGAGGAGCUAAUGGCACGCGUCAUGGGGCAACUGUCGGAAGAGCAUCUGGCAGACUAUCACAUCCAUAAGAUGAGGCCUGAUGUUUCCAAGCUGAUUUCUUCUGUUCUGGAUGAGGCGGAGGUGGAAGGCCACCGGAGCGGUCUUGCCAUUGUUGUUUGUGGCUCAGACAUCCUCGUGGACACCAUACGGGAUGUUGUGGCGCAUAAGGUCGGCACCUCAGGCAACCAGAUGCGCAUAGACCUGUUUGAGGAGCUCCAAGUAUGGUAG